CUGAUACUAUCCGCUGGCUGCCUUUCUAACCGUAACAACGACGGACAACGCGUCACGACCAAGAGUCACUGGAUUUUGGCUGAAGUUGGAAGAAGUUAUCUGUUCACUCUCUGGAUUCCCUUCUUUCAUACUGCAGCAAACUAUCAUGUCCUCGUUUGUAUUCCCGUGUUAUCUACAGGCGGGAACUAAUGAAAUCCACAGUAAAUAUGACAGUAUUACAGAACCCAUCACCCCAACGUGUGCCACGAUAAAGCGCACUCCAUCACGCGCUAGUGUUUCGAGCACAUAUUCAACCCGGAAGCGAAGGCGGGUUUCCGUGGCUUCACUUCACUUGGGACAAGAUUUGGCAAGACCAUCAGUACCGGAGACUCCAAUCGAGGAGAUAAACGGAGACCGAUUUGUGACAGUCCGAACUUCAACGUCAUUGCCAUUGAAUAUUACACCGAGAACAAAUCGUAUCGCCAAAACAUUCGGUCUACUUGACGACCGUGUAUUAAGUCCCACCAACUCUCCCUCACUCUUUUCAGACCGUUGUUUUCGUUCAUUGCUUCGCCGAAGUGCUUCAGAAUUGUUUUCAACUUCGCGUGCUGCAUCUUUGCUCUCAGCAAAGGCCAAUUUAGGGGCUCGGAACCAUUUUGUACUAGCACUCGAUGGACCUGGGAUGUCUACGGACCUUUUUGCCUCUCCAAUGGCAUGGUCGCAUGCCAACUGCAUCGGGGUUGCUUUCAAAUAUGACGUGUAUUUUCAGGACCUUGAAUCCCGGGCAGUGGUUCACCUAUGUCGUUCCUCGCUUUCAGACGGGACGGUCCACAGUAUUGAUUGGGGUGGCAAAGCCAAACCUUAUCUCCUCGCCCUUGGGACGACAUUUGGUGAUGUUAGAGUUAUGGAUGCUGAGAAAGGAAUGCAGCUCGUAGAUUGGGUCGAUGAUGGUCAUGGCAUGGGAGGCAUGCACUGGAAUGGUGAUGUUCUUGCCGUUGGCAGAGCUGGCGGCAAUGUGACUCUGUUCGAUAUCCGGAUGCGGGCUGAGAUAGCCAACAUUAUGGGCCAUAAACGCCGAGUACACGGUGUAAAAUGGUCGAUUGAUGGACACCAUCUGGCUACAGGGGAUGACAGUGGUAUUGUCCACAUAUGGGACCAUAGAGCAAGUAAUCUUUUAACGAAUGGGGACAAAAAUAUCCGGAUGAAACACAAAGGUCCGGUCAAGGCCUUAUCAUGGAGUACAUGGCAGCAUGGCCUGUUGGCAACUGGAGGGGGUUCCCCCGAUGGUGCAAUACACAUUUGGAAUACCGGAAAGAUGGCCCCGUCCUCUGGCCCUGUGCAUACCAUCCCCUUACAGACAACUAUCACAUCUUUGCACUGGUCCCUCCACUGCAAGGAGCUCUUGAGCACCCACGGAUCUUCGUGGGCUGUACCCCAAAGUAACGUACACCCGGCAGCUCAUGCAUCACCCGUAGGUGUAGAAAACUCACUCGCCGUUCAUUCUUACCCUUCCUGCCAACAAAUUGUUAACGUCAAAGCACACUCCGCUCCUGUGGGCCACUCUUGUAUGGCCCCUGACGGAUGUUCUGUAUUUACUGUCAGUCCCAAGAGGAGACGAUUAAGAUGUUUAGGGUGUGGUCCGCGCCCGAUGACAAGGACAAAAAUGAAGGUAGUGACAUGACCUUCAAGUCCGCCAUACGAUAAGCAUUAAUAUUUUCGAUGCAUGGACCACUACUACUGCUACCCACGUACUUAUUCAUUCAUAGCACGCCACCCACAUGCUUCUAUAUUUUUGCACGUAUACCUGUGUUAAUGAUUUCCUUCUCUUCCUAAAUCUGCAUGCAUACUUAUUUGGAUACCUUGGGCCCACCUGGCUGGUAUCUACAUAUCAUCAUUGGCGCCCUUGCGCUCUGCCUCUGCUUGGACUGUCCAUAUGGUUCACCCUAUAUAUGUAUGACGGACGUGGUAGGUGUGUC